AUGAAGGAGGAGACCAUGCCCAAUAUUGCCGUGCUAGGAUCGGGCGGGGGCCUGCGGGCCACCAUUGCCCUUCUGGGAACCUUGGUGGAGAUGAAGAAGCAGAGCCUGCUGGAUGCUGCCAUGUACCUGUGCGGGGUGUCGGGAUCCACCUGUCCCCAGCUGACCUUGGGAGCACUCGCAGAGCGCUGGACAAAAAGUCGCUCGGGACAUGUGACAGCUACUUGCUUUGUCCCUUGUAACCUUGCUUUUUUCCUCCACUUCUACAGAGUUCAGCUUGCUGUGAACAGACGUACAGAAGAAGCUGUUGCAGUAAAGAUAGUUGACAUGAAACGUGCUGUGGACUGUCCAGAAAACAUAAAAAAAGAAAUCUGCAUUAAUAAGAUGUUAAAUCAUGAGAACAUUGUAAAAUUCUAUGGACAUCGUAGAGAAGGCAGUAUUCAAUACCUCUUCCUGGAGUAUUGCAGUGGGGGAGAGCUCUUUGACCGAAUAGAGCCUGAUAUAGGAAUGCCUGAACCAGAUGCACAGAAGUUUUUUCAUCAGCUUAUGGCUGGUGUGGUAUAUCUCCAUAGUAUAGGAAUAACUCACAGGGACAUUAAGCCUGAAAAUCUACUGCUAGAUGAAAGGGAUAAUCUCAAAAUCUCUGACUUCGGUUUAGCUACUGUAUUUAAGCACAAUGGUCGUGAGCGACUGUUAAACAAGAUGUGUGGCACUCUUCCAUAUGUUGCCCCAGAACUGUUAAAGAGAAAAGAAUUCCAUGCAGAGCCAGUUGACGUUUGGUCAUGUGGGAUAGUACUUACUGCUAUGUUAGCAGGAGAAUUGCCCUGGGACCAGCCUAGCGACAGUUGCCAAGAAUACUGUGAUUGGAAGGAAAAGAAAAUAUACCUUCCACCUUGGAAGAAGAUUGAUUCUGCACCAUUAGCUUUGCUCCACAAAAUACUAACUGAGAGCCCCGUGGCAAGGAUUACGAUUGCAGACAUUAAAAAGGACAGAUGGUACACCAGGCCUAUGAAAAAAGGUGUAAAGCGAGCUCGUGUUUCUUCAAGCAGCCUUUCAGACUCACCAAGUGGCUUUUCUAAGCACAUUCGGUCUGAUAUGGAUUUUUCACCAAUGAAAAGUACACACAGUGAAGAAAAAGUGGGGUACUCCACUUCUCAGCCAGAACCUCGCACUGGCAUUUCCUUGUGGGACAGCAGUCCAACCAAUAUCAACGAACUAGUGCAAGGGAUCAGCUUCUCCCAGCCAGCAUGCCCUGAGCACAUGCUAGUUAAUAGUCAAUUACUUGGCACCCCAGGCUCAUCACAGAACCCAUGGCAACGCUUGGUGAAGAGAAUGACCCGUUUCUUUACAAAGCUGGAUGCUGACCACUCCUAUAAUAGUUUGAAGGAGGUCUGUGAGAAGAUGGGCUAUGUCUGGAAGAAAAGCUGCACAAACCAGGUUACCAUAUCAACUACUGAUAGAAGGAAUAAUAAACUAAUUUUCAAGGUGAACUUGGUAGAAAUGGAAGACAAGAUUUUGGUGGAUUUCCGCCUUUCUAAGGGUGAUGGGUUGGAGUUCAAGAGGCACUUCCUGAAGAUUAAGGGAAAACUGAAUGAUAUUGUGAGCACCCAGAAAGUGUGACUUCCUGCCACAUGCUCCAACUGCCGUUGGAUUGGAUGCUGCUACACUGAUCUAAUUUUUAUUUUUAUUCCACAUCAAGAAAUAAAUACCUGUGGCUGCCAGUAACUUGCAAUGGAAACUCUUUUUUAGGGAUCACUCUUGUCACCAGGGCAUUUCAUCAAAGGGCACAUUUGGUAAUAUGUUUUCAGGGCCUCCCAGACAAAUAGUGAUCAUGAGGUGUUCCUGACUGUAGUAAGUUAGCGGUGGCAUGCCUUCCUAUUGGUAGCUACUGGUAUGAGGCUUAUUUUUCCCUUCUGCUAAGUCAGCAAUCAUUGGGAUCAUCAUUGGGGUGCUGUGUGUUUGUGGGAGCCAGCCUGACUGUUAGUUGUUGACCGACUUCUGGGGAGUAUAUAUCCAGCCCCAAGACUGCUGCAGCCAUUUACAGGCUUAGGGUUCCUUGGACAUAGCUAGAGGGGAAGAGUCUAUAUCUAAUUAAAAAAAAAUUGGCCCCCGUACUUCAUUGUUGUAUCUUCAGAUUUUAAAUCUGUUUGAGCAAUAACUUGUUACCCUUUCUUAUAAAAUGUGAUGAGAUAGAGUGGAGAGGCAUAGAGAUAAUGUGGGCCUUAGACUUGUAAUUUUAUUAAAUUUUAUUAUAUCUUUUUGGCCUUUGCUUUUGUUAAGUAAAAUGGUUGAACCCAAAGAACUAAUUCCACUGUAUUGUUCAUUUAUAGUUUUAAGUAUUGCAGGCUUAGAGGUCUGCAGCAGAAUAGAUACUGUAUUAACAUUUUUGUCCCUUUUUAAACUCUUUUCCCUUUUCAGUAUUUGUAUUUUUCCAUACAUUGGAAGGUAAAGUGAGUGAAAUCUUUUAUAUAUAAUAGCUUAUGUUGGGAAUUUGCUGGAGGGUAGCAGGGUCUCAUGGAAAUAAGAAAUAUCCCUUUCUCUUACCCCUUUCUUGGUACCUAAAAUUCAGGCUUAUUUAGGCAGUUAUUUCUUUUAAUGGUACAUAGUUUAUUUGUAUUAACAAGGACCACUUAUGAAUAAUCACAGUCAAAUGUACAAUGAUGUGAAAAUACACAAUUUGUAUAAUUUUUUGUAAAAACUUACAAAAUAAAGUAUAGUCAUAAUUUUAAAGAAA